UAUAUCGUGCGUGUCGAACGGAAGCGAGCGAAAAAAGCAUGACCGCGAACAAGAAAGGAAGCGCGUGCGCAUAGCGUGAGUCUUGGAGCAGCAACGUGCGUGAGAAGGCGCAGCCAGUCUUUUCGGCAGGCGCUCCCGUGCCCCGCAAACGUUUGCUCCCGACUGUACGUCGGCCGAUGCUCGUGUCGGUGCACAUCUCAAUCUCAACUAAACAUCGAGCGCCGAUUGUGGCUGACUCCAUGCAUGCUUACAGGUGUCUGUCUGGACGGAACAUUGAGCCUGCCCAAAGAUGUCCUCCUCCUCGUGACAUUCCUAUGUUCAAGCCCCAAAAAUGAUGCUGUGCUCGAGUGGAGCCUCAAAAUCAACAAGGCCGAGGCAGAGUUCAAAGAUCAAAACGCAGCAGCUGUCUGCCUCCUCCCAUUGCUUGCAUCCUACUUUCAAGAAAACCUCGGAGAGCUCUUCCAGUUACAUCAGGUGACAACAGAAAUCACAGAGGAGUUUCGUAACAGUCUGCCUGCUUCUCCUGUAAUUGUUGCACUGGGCCGCUCACUUUUCGAAUGCAGCUGCCAGCUGUUUGUGGACCAUGAGGUGAUGGUGGAAGAUGUGGGCUUUCUGCAAGCUGUGGAGCUCCUUUUCGCCCUUUAUUAUUGUUUAAACAUCCAGUAUGCCAAAGGUGCGGGAACCACACUUGAGUUCAUUCAGAGAUACCAGGUUGGUAUCAAACAACAUGAUGGGUCACGACAGGAGGCCGGGAGGUCGAAAGGAGCUCGGGCAAGAGCAAUCAAAGCCGCCACAGAUCUUGCUGCUUUUGAGAAAAAAUGGAACAGUGGGUCGAGGGCAGCAACCUUGAUCUGUCAUGGUGCUGAGUGGCUCAAUGUGGCAAUGCACAGCUCAUCUGAUGAUCGAUCGGAUGCCAUGAAGGUUUCUUUAUAAUUAUGUUCUUUUACGGUUUACAAUAUAGUUCUUCAAUUUCAAAACUGC